AUAACAUUAUUUAUUGGAUGAUAGGGCCAAUUUUUGCAUAGUCACACCACACCAAUAGAAUCCUAAUUUGCAUAUCAAGUUUAUUUUAAACGCAAAAGCAUGGGAAAAGUAAUAUUUAGAACGACAAUUCUUCUCGUAUGAAAAAAAACCAAAUCGACAAGCCUUCACAGAAUGCUUGAUUUUGUAAAAUUGUCGAUUCAUUGGAAAUUUGGAAAGAUGACAUGUUCCAAAGUUUUUUUUUUAUCAACAACCGGAUAGACAAAAAGAAAAUAUUUUUUUUGAAAACUCAUAUUGCAAAAUUUUACAUAUAAAUAGUCUAAAUUAAUAUGAAAAAACAUGAGAUUGACAUGAAAUCACAUAAAAAUAGAGCAGUUUUUCUAUUACUAUCUCUUGGAAGUUGAGCAAAGAAGUGGCAAGGAUGAUUCAGCUUAUCACUAAAUUUUUGCUAAACGGAGAUGAAACAGCUACCAAGGUUGUUUAUAUCUCUAAAAAAGCCACUCAAUCAGUAUUGAUUGAGAUACUGAACAAAAAUGUUGUCUGAAGCGCUAAAUAAUAUUCCCAAUUUUGCCAACAACUGGAAACCGAGGGUCUUGGUGACCAAUAGUGAUAUUCCAAGAGUUGGUUUAGAGAUACUGGAGAAAAGAUGUGAUGUGAUAUAUGUCACGGGGUGGCCACGACCAACGAGAGAAGAAAUUUUGAAACUCAUCAAAGGUGUUCAUGGAGUGAUAUGGGCAAACAAUGAGAAAUUGAAUGCAGAAGUUCUCGAUCAGGCUGGACCUCAGUUAAGAGUAAUUUCAUCUUACUACUCAGGAUAUGACUACAUUGAUGUUAAAGAAGUUAGGAAGCGAGAUAUAUCUCUGGGAUACACAGGAAUUGCAACAAAAGAUCCUGUAGCUGAUGUUGCUGUAGGACUAAUGAUCUUAAUGGGUAGGCGAUUGCAUGAAGGCUACUUAAAGAUCAAAGCUUUUCAAUGGGAGAAACGACCCCAGUGGCUCCUUGGAUCAAAUAUCGCAGGAUCUAAUGUGGGUAUAAUAGGAUUUGGAACAAUUGGUCAAAAAAUUGUGCACCGUCUUCAAGGAUUUGACGUGAAUAAGUUUUUCUACACUGGGCACAAUCCUAAAGCACAAGCUGAUAAAUUGGGAGCAAUUUUUGUUACACUUGAUGACCUCUUGCAGAAAAGCGAUUAUGUUAUUGUUUCUUGUCCCCUUACACCAGAAACUAAACAUCUAAUAAAUAGGGACAGUCUGGGUAAAAUGAAAAAUUCAAGCAUUCUAAUUAAUGUAGCCAGAGGAGAGAUUGUGGACCAAGAAGCUCUUGUAGAAGCUCUCAAAAAUGGCCAAAUAUUUGCAGCUGGCUUGGAUGUAACGACACCAGAACCACUGCCACUUGAUCAUCCUCUCCUUCAUCUUCCUAAUUGCUUCAUUAGUCCUCAUGUGGGAUCAGCUACAAUAGAUACAAGAAAUGAAAUGGCCACUAUAGCUGUUCUUAAUAUUCUACAAGCUCUUGCUGGAGUGCCUAUGAUCUGCCCAAUUCCAUAAGAAGAUAAAGAAAAUAUAUGCCAUUUGACAUCCAGUCCAGUUUCGUCCCACUACAUCCUUCACAAUUCUUUCUUUUAAUCAAUAAAAUUAUUCUGCAGAUUUUA